ACUUUGAGGACCUACGUGUCGCAUUCAUUAGGGGUUUGCCCCAAUUAUGCACAUCCCCAAAUUGCACCUUGGAUGAUCUCCGGGAUCUUGGGAAUGGUAUAAAAGCUCUCCCAACCCGGGGCUCUUCACUUCGCCUUCCUCGCUCCAUUCACCUCCCUGAGAAAGCCUGUGCUGACCUCCAAUCCCUGCAAAAUGUCCUGCUACGACCUGUACCCCUCCUCUGCCUGCGGCGUCUUCCGUCCCCAGCCCCUGGCUGACACCGGGAACGAGCCGUGUGUGCGCCAGUGCCCCGACUCCACCGCCGUGAUCCAGCCUCCCGCCGUGGUGGUCACCUUCCCCGGGCCCAUCCUCAGCUCCUUCCCGCAGGAUUCCGUGGUGGGAUCUGCUGGAGCACCGUUCCUUGGAGCCUCUGGGGCCUCCCUGGGCUAUGGGGGCUAUGGGUCCCUGGGCUACGGGGGUUAUGGAUAUGGGGGCUAUGGGGGUUAUGGAUCCCUGGGCUAUGGGGGUUAUGGAUCUGGGGGAUAUGGGGGUCUCUGUGGAUACGGGGGCUAUGGAUCCCUGGGCUAUGGGGGUCUGUGGGGCUAUGGGGGGUACCGGGGUCUGUAUGGCUCUGGCAGAGGCUUUGGGCGCUACGGCCGUGGCUUCUGGGGGUCCUGCUAA